GAGGCGCUGGAUGCUGAGAUGCUGGAGGACGAGGCCGGCGUUGGCGGCGCCGGGCCCGGCGGGGCCUGCAAGGCGGAGCCUCGGCCUGUGGCCGCGUCGGGCGGAGGCCCGGGCGGGGACGAGGAGGACGAGGAGGAGGAGGACGACGAGGAGGAGGACGAGGAGGCGCUGCUUGAGGACGAAGACGAGGAGCCACCUCCUGCUCAAGCUUUGGGCCAGGCCGCGCAGCCUCCUCCGCAGCCCCCGGAGGCGUCAGCCAUGGAGGCCGAACCCGAAUCCUCCGACACGCCGGUGGAGGCCACGGCCGGGUCAGGUGGGGUAAACGGUGGUGAAGAGCAUGAGACCGGCAAGGGGGAGGAAGACGGGCCGGAGGAACGGAGCGGGGAUGAGACGCCGGGAUCCGAGGCACCGGGUGACAAGGCCACAGAGGAACAAGGAGAUGACCAGGAUAGUGAAAAGUCAAAACCAGCAGGCUCAGAUGGUGAGCGGCGGGGGGUAAAGAGACAGCGGGAUGAGAAGGAUGAACAUGGCCGAGCUUACUAUGAAUUCCGAGAGGAGGCUUACCACAGCCGCUCGAAGUCUCCACCACCUCCAGAAGAAGAGGCAAAAGAUGAAGAGGAGGAUCAGACUCUUGUGAACCUGGACACAUAUACCUCGGAUCUCCACUUUCAAAUAAGCAAAGACCGAUAUGGAGGGCAGCCACUUUUUUCAGAAAAAUUUCCUACCCUUUGGUCUGGGGCAAGGAGUACUUAUGGAGUAACAAAGGGAAGAGUAUGCUUCGAGGCCAAGGUAACACAGAAUCUCCCAAUGAAAGAAGGCUACACAGAAGUUUCUCUACUCAGAGUUGGGUGGUCUGUUGAUUUUUCCUGUCCACAGCUUGGUGAAGAUGAAUUCUCUUAUGGUUUUGAUGGAAGAGGACUCAAGGCAGAGAAUGGGCAGUUUGAGGAAUUUGGCCAGACUUUUGGGGAGAGUGAUGUCAUUGGCUGUUUUGCUAAUUUUGAGACUGAAGAAGUAGAGCUUUCCUUCUCCAAGAAUGGAGAAGACCUGGGUGUGGCAUUCCGAAUCAGCAAGGAAUCUCUAGCAGAUCGAGCCCUUCUACCCCAUGUCCUUUGCAAAAAUUGUGUCAUAGAAUUAAACUUCGGUCAGAAGGAAGAACCCUUUUUCCCACCACCAGAAGAGUUUGUGUUCAUCCAUGCUGUGCCUGUUGAAGAGCGUGUGCGGAUUACAGUUCCUCCUAAGACCAUAGAGGAGUGUGAGGUGAUUCUGAUGGUAGGACUCCCUGGAUCUGGGAAGACCAAGUGGGCACUAAAGUAUGCAAAAGAAAACCCAGAGAAAAGAUACAAUGUCCUGGGAGCUGAGACUGUGCUCAGUCAAAUGAGGAUGAAGGGGCUGGAGGAGCCAGAGAUGGACCCCAAGAGCCGAGACCUCUUAGUUCAGCAAGCUUCCCAGUGCCUUAGUAAGCUAGUCCAGAUUGCUUCCCGAUCAAAGAGGAACUUCAUUCUUGAUCAGUGUAAUGUGUACAACUCUGGCCAACGAAGGAAGUUAUUGCUGUUCAAGACCUUCUCCAGGAAAGUGGUGGUGGUUGUCCCUAAUGAGGAAGAUUGGAAGAAGAGGCUGGAGUUGAGAAAAGAAGUAGAGGGAGAUGAUGUACCUGAGUCUAUAAUGCUGGAGAUGAAAGCCAACUUCUCUCUGCCUGAGAAAUGCGAUUAUAUGGAUGAGGUGACAUAUGGGGAGCUGGAAAAAGAAGAAGCCCAACCCAUUGUUACUAAAUACAAGGAGGAAGCAAGGAAGCUGCUGCCCCCGUCUGAGAAGCGGACAAACCGCAGGAACAAUCGCAACAAGAGAAACCGGCAGAACCGAAGCAGAGGCCAAGGCUAUGUGGGCGGGCAGCGCCGAGGCUACGACAACCGGGCCUACGGGCAGCAGUACUGGGGGCAGUCUGGAAACAGAGGGGGCUACCGUAAUUUCUAUGAUCGAUACAGGGGUGACUAUGAUCGAUUCUACAGACAAGAUUAUGAGUACAACAGAUACAGAGACUAUUACAGACAAUACAACCGGGAUUGGCAGAAUUACUACUACCACCACCAACAGGACAGAGACCGAUACUACAGGAACUACUACGGUUACCAAGGGUAUCGGUGAAGCCCCUGCUGUUUUCUGUCAGCCAUGAAGCUGAGGCUCUGGGGAUGCCAGGCAUCCCCCAAAA